AUGGUGCAGGCGGAGCCGGAUGGAUGGAACUACUUAUUCUAUACUCUGGAAUGUAUCCUUGACGUGAUUUUUCUACCAAUUGUAUCGUUACUUUUCUACAUAUGCGUCACCCAGAAGAAUCUACACGCUAACUUCAGAGUCACACUAAUCCUCAUCGCAUUUGGUCAUUUGGCUACAGAUCUAGCUUAUUUGUCUCUUGUUGUGGCCCGUAUGUGUUGCAUCGGCCUACGAAAUCCUCCCAUUGUGAAUUACCUACUUUCCUGGAAAUUCAACGCUAUGAACAUUCACACGUUCGCAUGGAUAGUUCUGAUCACUGAAAGGACGAUCGCAACAGUGUUCGUUGGAGUUUAUGAAACAGAAUUCAACUGGAGAUUCACUCCAGUUGCAAUAUGUGGAGUGGUGGUGAGCAGAUUUUCCAGGAGUGAUUCCAAAUAUAGUUCAGUUUAG